AUGGUUUAUUCAAUUAUAUUGGCCUGUGCCGCCCUGGUCGCGAAAGCCUCCGCAGAAUGCAGUCGCGAAUUUCUUCAGGGAGCCACAGCGGCUUACGUUCAAGCGCAAGCUGCCGGAGAUCAUAGCCUGCCCGCCUUAGCCAGUAACAUCAGCUACCUAGAGAACGACGCGGUCAAGGAUGUCAAGGAGGGUAUUCUGUCGCAGGCGAUCACAAUCGACUUCAACCGUAGUCUUCAUGACACAACCCAAUGUGCUACCUUCACCGAAAUAUCGGCGGCCACGAACAAAGUGCCAUAUGUCAUCCACACACGGAUGCUCUUCACCGAUGAGAAGCUCACCACUCUCCAAUCCGUUGUCGCACACGACGGCGACUGGGCAUUCAACGCAACAGGGCAGCUUUACUGGACUAAACAAGAGAAAUGGGAUCCUAUUCCAGAGGCCAAUCGAGACGCUCGCGACGUGAUUCAGGCGGCCGGCGACUCAUACCUGGACAGCUGGAGCGACGGUACUGUCAAGGUCCCAUACGGCACGCCCUGCGCACGACUUGAGGGUGGCAUGUACACGGGGGCCAGCAACCCAGCGACUAACACGUGCUUCAUGCCCCAAUUCCCAGAAAAGUUCGAGAUCAAGAAUCGCCGUUACAUCAUAGACGAGGAGGUGGGCGGGCUUGAUAUCUUCAACGACUUCCCUUUCAUUGAUACCAAGAAGCCCGAAGGUACACCCAGCACCAAUUUCAUAAGGGUCGAAGGGGGGAAGAUUCGUUACAUCCACGAAGUCACUGUGUGUACAACCCGAAACUGUGGAAGAUGA